UUAGAUGGCGGAAGCCCAGCCAUCAUUUGGUGGGCUUCCGAUGUCCAUCCCUAAUCACAAGUGCAGUGGUGCAUUUUUCACCACAGGCUGCCCCUUCCCACCUACUGCAGCAUCUGAGCAGUCUGCAUUUUAUUUUUUAGUUGAAGAGAAAAGGGGCAGGGGGUGGAGCUACAUGGGCCUGAGCAGGGGGAGCAGAGCUACACGGGACAGAGCAGGGGGGGCAGAGCUAGACGGGACUGAGCAGGGAGAGAGAAAAAGGGAAGUUGAGCUGCUGCAGAUUCCCCGACCAGCCAGAGAGACACAGUACUCUGCUGCCUGUGAGAAAAUGUCAGAGUUUUCGCUGGACGAUGCUUUAUCAGGUCAAAGCAAUGCAGGUGGCCUGCAAUCCCAAGGUCAGAACACAAAUAAUCCCUGGGGCACUCAGAACCCUGGACAGCAAUAUCCAGGAGGGUUUCCAGGUCAAGCAUAUCCAGGGUACCCGGGAGCCCCCCCAGCUGGACAGCAGUACCCGGGAGCCCCCCCAGCUGGACAGCAGUACCCGGGAGCCCCCCCAGCUGGACAACAGUACCCGGGAGCCCCCCCAGCUGGACAACAGUACCCGGGAGCCCCCCCAGCUGGACAACAGUACCCAGGAGCCCCCCCAAUUGGACAGCAGUACCCAGGAGCCCCCCCAGCUGGACAGCAGUACCCAGGAUAUCCAGGUUUCCCACCAUCAGGGCAGACUUAUCCAGGAGCUCCCACACCAGGGCAGCCAGGACCAGUAGGACCUUCAGCUCCCACUGGUCCACUGAGAGUGCCCUAUGAUCUCAACUUGCCUUCAGGACUUGUGCCGCGGCUGCUGAUAACUUUUCAAGGUGUAGUCAACGCUAAUGCCAAAAGGUUUGUCAUUGAUUUUAAAAGAGGAAAUGAUAUUGUUUUCCACUUCAAUCCCCGAUUUGAUGAAAAGCCAAACGUUAUUGUGCGCAAUUCUAUGCUUCGUAAUGAUUGGGGGCGAGAAGAACGACAUCAUACUCGAUUUCCAUUUCAGCAGGGACAGCCAUUCACUAUCCAGUUUCUUUUCGAAAAUGACAAAUUUAAUGUGUCGGUAAACAAUGAGAAUGUCUGCCAUUACCAGCACAGAGUGAAAGAAUUUGCUGAGGUUAGAAGUGUGUGUAUUGGCGGUGAUAUCAACCUCACUGGGGCUACAGCAGCUGUAGUGUAGAGUUCAUGUUUGGGGGGGGGUUCUGUACUAGGAACCACAGGCAAAUUCUUUACAAAUAGAUUUGUAGGGUGAAUCCUGGGAACAUGGCACUGCUGUCAUGCCAAAGUCUGCAAUUGUAAUUUUUUAUUAUCUAUACUUUGUGAAUAUUUGAAAAUCUGAUCAGUAGAAACUAAAUAAAAAAUAAAAUAAAUUACAACUAUUCCA